UUUCUUUUUCUUCUUCUUGGGAACUUGGUUGGGUCUUUUACACUGCACCUCAUGGAGGCGUAGCUUUUAACAGUUUUUCAUUUACGAAGAACGAAUAUUUAAAAUAAACAAAGGGGGAGAUAAGAGGACCAACAACAACAAAAAAAAAAAAAAUGUCAUCAAACAGAAGCCAAAACCCACAUGGUUUGAAACAGAUUGGGCUGGACCAGAUCUGGGAUGAUCUCCGAGCAGGGAUACAGCAGGUCUACACCAGACAGAGCAUGGCAAAGUCACGUUACAUGGAACUCUACACUCACGUUUAUAACUACUGUACCAGUGUGCAUCAGUCGAACCAGGCUCGAGGUGCUGGGGUCCCUCCUUCAAAACCUUCCAAGAAGGCACAGACCCCCGGAGGGGCGCAGUUUGUGGGACUGGAACUCUACAAGCGACUGAAGGAGUUCCUCAAGAACUACUUGACAAAUCUUCUCAAGGAUGGGGAAGAUCUGAUGGACGAGAGUGUGCUAAAGUUCUACACCCAGCAAUGGGAAGAUUACAGGUUCUCAAGCAAAGUACUGAACGGUAUCUGUGCCUACCUCAACCGACACUGGGUCCGCCGCGAAUGUGAUGAAGGACGCAAAGGAAUCUACGAAAUAUACUCGCUUGCCUUGGUGACAUGGAGGGAAUGCUUAUUUAGACCUUUAAACAAACAGGUCACAAAUGCAGUAUUGAAGCUGAUAGAAAAGGAAAGAAAUGGAGAAACCAUCAACACUAGAUUGAUCAGUGGUGUUGUCCAGUCCUAUGUUGAACUUGGUUUAAAUGAGGACGAUGCCUUUGCGAAGGGACCCACAUUGUCCGUGUACAAAGAAUACUUUGAGUCUCAGUUUUUGGCAGACACGGAGCGGUUCUAUACAAGGGAAAGCACAGAGUUCUUGCAACAAAACCCUGUCACAGAGUACAUGAAAAAGGCAGAGGCGCGCUUGCUGGAAGAGCAGCGCCGGGUCCAGGUCUAUCUGCAUGAAAGCACGCAGGAUGAGCUGGCGAGGAAGUGUGAGCAAGUGCUGAUCGAGAAGCACCUGGAGAUCUUUCACACAGAGUUCCAGAACUUGUUGGAUGCUGACAAAAAUGAAGAUUUGGGCCGGAUGUACAACCUUGUGUCCAGAAUCACAGAUGGUCUGGGAGAGCUGAAGAAACUUCUUGAGACACAUAUUCACAACCAGGGACUAGCUGCCAUUGAGAAGUGUGGGGAAGCCGCUCUCAAUGUAAGUACUUCAGAUCCCAAAAUGUAUGUACAGACUAUUUUGGAUGUUCAUAAGAAGUACAAUGCACUAGUAAUGUCAGCAUUCAACAAUGAUGCUGGUUUUGUAGCUGCACUAGACAAGGCUUGUGGUAGAUUCAUCAACAACAAUGCAGUGACAAAGAUGGCUCAGUCAUCAAGCAAAUCCCCCGAGCUCUUGGCAAGAUACUGUGACUCCCUAUUAAAGAAAAGCUCCAAGAACCCAGAAGAAGCCGAGCUGGAAGAUACCCUGAAUCAAGUGAUGGUUGUCUUUAAGUACAUCGAGGACAAAGAUGUGUUUCAAAAGUUUUACGCCAAGAUGCUGGCGAAGAGACUGGUGCAUCAGAACAGUGCUAGUGACGAUGCGGAGGCCAGCAUGAUCUCCAAACUUAAGCAAGCCUGUGGCUUUGAAUACACUUCCAAACUGCAGCGAAUGUUCCAGGAUAUUGGAGUCAGCAAAGACUUAAAUGAACAGUUUAAAAAACAUCUGUCCAACUCUGAACCAUUAGACUUGGAUUUUAGUAUUCAGGUUCUAAGCUCAGGCUCUUGGCCCUUCCAGCAGUCCUGCACAUUUGCUUUACCUUCUGAGUUGGAGAGGAGUUACCAAAGAUUCACAGCCUUUUACGCCAGCAGACACAGUGGACGCAAGCUAACCUGGCUCUAUCAUCUGUCCAAAGGAGAGCUGGUCACAAACUGUUUUAAGAAUCGGUACACUUUGCAGGCAUCCACGUUCCAGAUGGCAAUCCUCCUGCAGUAUAACACAGAAGACAUAUACACUGUACAGCAACUGACAGACAGCACGCAGAUUAAAAUAGACAUUCUGGUUCAAGUUUUACAAAUCUUGUUAAAGUCCAAAUUGCUGGUAUUGGAAGAUGAAAAUGCAAAUGUUGAUGAGGUGGAGUUUAAGCCAGACACUUUAAUAAAACUUUUCCUUGGAUAUAAAAAUAAAAAACUGCGAGUCAACAUCAACGUGCCAAUGAAAACUGAACAGAAACAGGAGCAGGAAACUACUCACAAGAAUAUCGAGGAGGACAGGAAACUUCUGAUACAGGCUGCCAUUGUGAGAAUCAUGAAGAUGAGGAAAGUUUUAAAACACCAGCAACUUCUUGCAGAGGUACUAAACCAGCUGUCCUCCAGAUUUAAACCCAGGGUUCCUGUGAUAAAGAAAUGCAUCGACAUACUGAUAGAGAAGGAAUACUUGGAACGUGUCGAUGGGGAAAAGGAUACUUACAGCUACUUGGCUUAAAUGUUGUGUUUUUUUUGUUUUUUUUGUACCCCCACCCCCCUCAAAGUGUCUGAGUAAUAAACUUCAGCAUGAGCACAGAACCGGAAUGAAUUGGAUGAAAUGCAUUCUGAAUCUCCACUGCAGCUAUCCUGCUGCUGCCAAACUGGACCUCUCUUUAAUCUCUGAGACUGGGAAAGCCUCCAGCCAUUGUCCCAAAAUUCACAUCUGAACUCCUCAGGAUCAGUAUAUACAUUUUAAUAUGUAAAUAUGGACAAAGACUUCUACCCCUACCUAGCAAACAGAAUCAGAACCUUCUGCAUUGGAGGUUGCAUGCUACUGCCUAUCUGCAUAUAAGAAAAACGCUAUAAAAUAUGAAGCCGUUGCUUUUAGCAGCGGUUGCAUUUUAAAAAAUAAAUACAUUAAAAAAAAAAAACACAUUAAUUUAUGAAUUAAAUGUUGGCAACACUUUCAAAGAGUGUAAUAGAGAGUCUGAGUGGGUCCUUAGAAAUGUGUAAUCUGCAUUGUUACCUGCUAUAAGAAAACCAUGUGUAUAGUGUGGUUCAUUUUUUAAAUGUGUGAUUAAAUAAAAAUUCAAGGUUUCUGUAUGCAUUGCAUCUGACUUUCUUAUGUCGCAUAUAGGAGAUUUUUGCUGACCCCACAAAAACAAAAGUUAUUUUUGGAUAAGCACUUUAGUGCAUCUGUUUGUUUACCACAGGUCUGAUUUGAAAUAUGUUACUUUACAGUAAAAAGGGAAUUUAGGUAAGAUUAGGCUUUCCUUUCAUAUCUUUUCACCUCUACUGUUGUGACCAAAAUGUUCUUUGGUUCUAAAAAAUAUUCAAAUCCAAACUGAAAAGGACUUUUAGAAUAAUGUAUUAUAUUCUGUAUGGAAAUGUUCACAUGGAGAUGUACAGAGAACAACUUAAAUUGUAUUUCCUGGUUAAGCCAUCUGAAGUAUAAAAAAUGACAUCUGUAUGAUAUCGUAUAUUAAAGAACAUGGUUUGAAAUCAUAAA